AAGCCGAACGCGAAUGCGCUUCAUUUUGAACGCAACGAUAACGUGUUUGGCGAUUUAAGUUCCCUUAUCAGGAGGCAUCAAGGCUUCAGUUUGUAUAAAUAAAAGUACUUAAAACAGAAGUUGACAUGGCGCACCAGGGUGGAUCUUUUCUGACCGGCACAUUUGCGUGCCUGUUGCUCGGAUUCUUUGUGCUCCAAUCGCCGGCUGUGGAGAGCGCUAAUAUAUUGGGCGUGUUCGCCAGCCACAACCCAUCGCAUCUGAUAGUCCACAUGUCCAUUAUGAAGGCGCUGGCCGAGGAGGGUCACAAUGUGACAGUGGUGUCAACCUCACAGCCAAAGGUCACCCACAAGAACAUCAAACACGUUGUGAUACCCCGGAGCGAGGCCGAGGAGAAAGUAAUACGCGAUGGAUUGACCACAUUGGCCAAGGAGAAACCCUCGAUGGUUACGACGAUCAAAAAUUUGUUUGGUUCGCUCUCGACUCUCAUCUAUAAGCAAGUCGACGUGCUGGAGGAUAAACGCUUCACCGAUCUCUACAAGAACAAAGGCAAUAAAUUUGAUGCAGUUGUCUUGGGAUUAUUCUUCAACUUCUAUCAGGCGGGCCUCGGUUCCAGAUUCAAGUGUCCGUUAAUUGUGAGCUGGGCGGGACCACCGAUGGUGCGUAUCAAUGAUGCUGUUGGCAAUCCCGAACUGAUCGCCACGGUGCCCGGUAUUAAUGUGGCCGUUCUGCCUGGCCAGGCCAUGAACUUUAAGCAGCGUCUGGCCAAUUUUGGUAGCUCCAUGGUCUUCCGGCUCUUGAGCUUCUAUCUGGAGACGUUAAAUGCGCAGUUUUACGAGCGCCUUUGGGGCAAGGAUCCGGCCAUGAUGAGCUAUGAGGAGGCCAAGAAGAACAUAUCUCUGGCGUUCUGCAAUAGUCAUGCCAUCAGCGAGGGACCUAUCAGGCCCAAUGUGCCUGCGGUUAUUGAGAUUGGCGGCAUACAGAUUAAGGAUAAGCCCGAUCCCUUGCCACAGGACAUAAAGGAGUUCUUGGACAGUGCCAAGCAUGGCGCAAUUCUCUUCAGCCUGGGCAGCAAUCUUAAGGGCGAUCACAUUCAACCAGAGCUCAUUGGCAAGAUAUUUGAAGCGCUCUCCAGCCUCAAGCAGAAUGUGAUCUGGAAGUGGGAUGAUCUUAAGAACUUGCCCGGAAAAUCGUCUAAUAUUCUCUAUAAGAAGUGGCUGCCACAGGACGACAUACUCGCCCAUCCCAAUAUUAAGCUAUUUAUAACACACGCUGGAAAAGGAGGCGUGGCCGAGUCUCAGUACCAUGGCAAGCCCAUGCUGGCGCUCCCUGUAUUUGCCGAUCAGCCUGGAAAUGCAGACAAGCUGGUUCAGGCCGGAUACGGGCUACGCGUUGAUUUGUUAACCCUGGAGGUGUAUGAGUUCAAGGGUGCCAUCAAUGAGAUACUCAAGAAUCCCAGCUUCUCCACUAAAGUUCAACAAUUUUCCAAACUCUAUCGCGAUCGUCCCAUGUCGGCACGCGAUUCGGUGAUCUACUGGGUAAACUAUGUGCUCCGUCAUCAUGGCGCCGGCCACAUGCAGAGUCCCCUCGUCCAUAUGAACUUUAUUGCGAGCCACAAUCUGGACGUCUAUCUAUUACUUACAACGAUUCUUAUUGUUAUCGCCUUGAUAAGCACAGUUGUGAUCAAGUUCUUCUGGAGGAAAUGUUGUGCCGGCAAAGGUAAGUCGCAAAGGACUGACCAAAAGCCAAAGAUCAAGAGGCACUAAUAUAUAGUACUUAUUAUAAAUAGAACAGUAAGAUUUGAUUUAUUUUAAUAAUUGUAACUAAACUAGAAAUAACGACAAUUAAUUACGAUGUGUUGACACACGUAAUAAGUAAGAUUGCUCUGUCAAAAAGAAUUUUCAUAACAUCUACAUACUAUAAAGUAAAAACAUGUUAUCCUUAACUAAUCUUUGAAUUCGUUAUAAGAUUAAAAUAUAAUCUUUAAUAAAU